GGUUUCAAUGUAGACUAAAACAGCCUUUGAUACCCCUAGCGUUAACUGCGCGCCCACUAUACACGUGUAGUUUGAACAGGUAGUGUUCUCGCUGUCGUCUGUCAGUCCACCCGUCGAUGUUCUACACCCCUUUAUCAGUCUGCACAUAUCGUACCUAUCUUACAAAGUGAUAUUUACCUUCAGCGUUCGGUUAUACCCAUACUUACCUGGCAGGUGUUCUCUUUGAAGAUAGCCGACAUGAAGGUUUUUGUGUUAAACGCUGUUCUUCUAAUAACAGUUUUGGUUCUUGUCGAGAGGACGUCCGGGUUAUGCAGUAGCCUCGGCAAGGAAUGCAGGAACGGAAAGUUCCGACGAGACCCGGACAACUGCAACCAGUUCUGUCAGUGUGCCCACGGAGGCUGGUACCAGAAGCGAUGUCCACGCGGACUCUUCUUUGACGAGGUCCACAAUGUCUGCAACUGGCCAGACCAGUCCCCCAUGUGCGACCCCCCAGAAGGAUUGUGUGACCCCAAUCCAUGUCAGAAUGGCGGCACGUGCGUAAGUAACCGGAUGGGCUACUCCUGCCUGUGUAGAGACGCCUACGGCGGCAACGACUGCGCUCUCAAACUAGACGCCUGUCAGUACAGCCCAUGCCAAAAUGGCGGGAGAUGCCGCGUGUCCUCUACCAACAGUGUCUACUGUGAUUGCCCUAGCAGCUACACGGGUGUCUACUGCCAAGAUACGACAUGCCCACGCUAUGCAUGCCCAAACAACGUGACGACAUUCAACUAUCCUGACUGGCAAGACGCCACGUGCAAGUCGUUCUUCAGCUGCGAGUUGGGCUCCUUACGAAGUCGCCAGUGCCCCGGCAACCGCCUGUUCAGCUUCAUGCUCCUGCAGUGCGUGCAACCUGCCCAGUUAGAAUACCCAUGCACGCUCAACCUCGUCGACUCGCAACUAGCAUGAAGACUGUCAUGAUUUCAAGACGGAACCCAGUCAGCUAGAAAGCAAAUAAUUCCUUCAUUUGACAUUUCGUAUAUUAUGAUUUACCAGACGACUUUACAAACUAAGGUUACGUUUAUAUUAGAUAUGAAGAUUUCAUCAACCUUUUAAUUCGUCUAUGAAGCAUUAUCUUUAAAAUGACUGGGUUAUUUUACUUGUGCAAACUUAACAAUUGAAUACACGUUCUCAAAUAUUAUCUGUUUAACUAGACUUUAAAUAUGUUACAUUCUUUAUUGUGAUCAAAAUUUAUCAAAGCAUUGGAGAAUAUCAGUAGAAUAUCACUACCAUAACUAUUAAAACGUUUGAUGCAUAUUUUGUGUGGUCAUAUUCUCUGUUGCCCUGCCACACAUUCACAAAAUCAAAUAAUAUUCGCGAAUAAGUUUAUAAAGGCUGUAGAUAUGAAAUCCUCUCUGAAACCACAGGGAAGCCAUUGAAACAUUGUUUCUUACGGUGGCCCAUAAGGGACAUGGAGUCUGUUUUUCAAUAUUUUGAUAUUUCUCUUACUUUUAUCGUAACCUUUUGCAAAUUAACACGAUUUGUCAUA